AUGAAGGAAAAUAAAGACAGUGAAGUUGCAAUACCUGAUAUAGAGCCUGAAGUUUUCAAUAAACUGUUGGAGUUUAUUUAUACUGACAAAAUAACUAAUUUGGAUGCGGAUGCUGCGUAUUUAUUGGAAGCUGCAGACAAAUAUCAAUUGCUGAACCUGAAAAGUUUAUGCGAAGAAUUGUUACCUAAGUCAGUCAGUAUUGAUAAUGCGAUUGAAUUGAUGAUUUUAACAGAUCUGCAUAAUGCUAAUCAAUUACUGGAGUUUAAUAUUGAAUUUAUGAUAAAAAAUAUCAAAGAUGUUGCUAAAACUCCAGAGUAUGAACUGAGAUACAGUGCUCACCGCAAAUGGUCUAUUUUAAAAGACGUUCUGGGAAGAGCUCCGUCAGCGGCUUGUUUGUGGAUACUUUUGCAAAAAAAAAUUACUUAA